AUGUCAUCCGACUACCGUCCUCCAACGGUAGCCGAUAACGCCCCCGAUUCCAUAGCCGACAGCCAAGGUUGGCUGGCCGCGGACCCGGGCGACGGACUCUCGCGUAGCUUGGACGCCGCUCAUGCGCCGGCUCCGUUUCCCCAUGGCGCCAGCGAUAACGCUGGCUACGCCAGACAUCACAUGCCACCCGAAGACGACAACUCAUCCUCGCCCGCGCGAUCGCGCCCGAGGAGCGCAACCGUCCGGCGCACUUCAUCCCUGCCCGUCUCGCCAGCGCACCAACCCGAACCACACAUCGCGAUGAGCGCAGGCGACGGUCAAGCUGAAGCCGCCGCGGACCCGGAGUCUUCCUCAGAUGAGACCGUCGUCCAGGAAGCGACAUACGAGGACGAGGAGCUGGAGCAACCGACGUCGCCAUCCACAUCGACUUUGACCAACUUCACAGCCAUCACCGGCAAGACUCACAAAUCGGGCAGCUCGAGCGGCAGCGGCUCGACAAUCACCCAAGCAUCCUGGCCUCGGCGCAGAGGCAGUGAGAGGUCACGACAGCACAACAAGUCUCAACUCAAACCCCGUCGCCGGAGCCGCUCUCCACGGUUCCAGCCUCAGCCCACGGCGCUCAGCUACCUCGAACCAGAUUCCCCAGUCGUCACCCCAGAAGCAAUCCAGCGCUCCGUCGAGCAGUCGUACUGGAGAAUGCCGGACGGGAGUUACCAGUCCCCCUCCACGCGGAGCACCGCCUCGACGGCCUCGAGCAGCUUCCAGAGUGACGUCUUCUCGGAGCUCGACCAUGAGACGGACCGGAGUAGUUCUCCGGACCACAGCGCCUAUGGAGACUCGCCCAACUCGAUACCGGGCAAGUUCGAUGCGCAGGUAGCGGCGGCGCAGCAGAGGCAGAGGGGUUAUCGCAACUACGGCACGCCCGAGAUGCCCAGAGGGAACGCGAACCUUCCUCAUCUUCCGCCGAAUGCGCUCCAGCCACGGUUGCCGGGCAUGCACCAGGGUCACCCAAAGCAUCUUCCGAGGGCGGAGAAGCUACCUUUGACGGGCUACGAGCUCAUCGCCUCUAAGCUUUGCGGCGGGGACUCGGAUAGAUCGAGUAUCAAGCCCAUCUACCGCCGUUUCGAAGCCCUCAACCACCGCCUGCUGCUCCAUCUUCAAGACGAGCUCUGCGAGCUCGAGGAACAGCUCCAUCGCCUUGACACGGCAGACACCCAGACACGGCGCAUGCAGCAAAACUGCAUACUCCCGGCCUCACGUCGCCAAGAGGCCCUCACUGCCGGCGAACUACAAUGGCACAAGACUGACGUGCUCGGCAAGAUUGGGUAUAAGCUCGGGCAAUACAACCACGUCUUGUCGUCUUUCAAAGACACCCAGCAUCUUCCCGACGCGGAUCCGCGGGACAUCGACUACUACCGCGCCUAUCUCGCAAACCACCAACCCAUCGUCGAAAUCGAAACGCGUUUCCUCGACCCGGCAGACGACCUUGUCUCCCUAGCGCGUCCAUCCUCGUCGUCUUCCCGCGACACCGACUUCUCAUCUGAUGAACUCAGGACGCCGAUGCCCCGGAAGCCGGUUUCCCUCUUCCACGGGACUAAGGCGGAGCGUCUUCGGAGUAUUCAGACGUUCCUCGUCAACAGCUACCCGCUGGCCGUGGCCGUCGCGUUCGCGGCGGCGUUUCUGCUCCCCAUCCUCACCUUUGCCGUCAUCCCCGGCUUUGUCGGCCGGAUGGCUGUCGUGCUUCUCGUUGCUGUUGGCGUGGCCCUCGCUGUCGUUCAGGCGGGCUUAUUCGGGACGGGCAAGGAUCGCAGCGGUGCCCAGGCUGCCACGGAAGGACUGCUUGUGUCGGGGUUGUACGUGGGGGUUAUGGCUGUUGUCGCUGGGUUAUUUGGCUGA